AUGCUUAUAAAAUCUUAUUUAGGAAAAGGCCACACGUUGUAUGUCGACAAUUAUUACAGCAGUCCUGCACUUUUUAAUUUAUUACAUACAAAUGCAACAAAUGCUUGCGGCACUGUAAAACAAAGACGAAAAGACAUGCCGAUUUUAAAUAAAAAAUUGAACCGAGGUGAGAUUGAGUUUCGAACAUCUAAUAAUUUUCUGGCUCUGAAAUGGCGAGACAAAAAAGAAGUUUUUAUGCUAUCCACUUUUCACAAUAAUGAAUUUGUAAGUACGGUAAAGAAAAAUUAUAAAACCCAGGAAUUUAUAAACAAACCUAAAUGUAUAGUAGAUUAUAAUAAUUCAAUGGGUGCUGUUGACAAAUGCAAUAUGGUCAUUAGUUCUAUACAAUCCAUUAGAAAAUCAAUGAAGUGGUACAAAAAGUACUUUUUUCAUCUAUUAGAUAUUGUCGUAUGGAAUGCAUAUUGUUUGUAUAAACACAAAACACACAAAAAUAUUUCUAUUGCUGCGUUUCACCUCCAAUUAAUCCGACAAAUUUUAAGCAAAUAUCAUAAAGAGAAUUUGAGACAAAGCAGUCCGAGAUCUGCGGAUAAAUAUCCUUUUAGACUAACUGACAGACACUUCCUGGCGAUUUAUACCAGUAGAAAUACAAAACGGAAAAGCAACUUGAGAAAAUGUGUAGUAUGUUCUAAAAAUGGCGUACAAAGACAAACACAUUAUCAAUGUAAAAUAUGCGAUGUAGGGCUUUGUGUAUGCCCAUGUUUUGAAACGUUUCAUACAAAAUUAUAUUAUUAA